CAAAACAAACCGUGUCGCGUGGUGUGGAAUGCUGCUGCUUUCUGGCUUCGUUCGUCGGUUUCGGGUUGAAUUUGCGGUUGAAUUUCGGCGGAUUUUUCACGAAAAAAUUGCCACCAUGGCCAGUGGAUCGCGUGUGAAACCAGUGGUAGUGAUUCUCGGCUCAACCGGGACUGGAAAAACGAAGCUUUCCAUCGAACUGGCCCGUCGUUUCGACGGGGAAAUUAUCAGUGCCGAUUCGAUGCAAGUAUAUCGCGGGUUGGACAUAGUAACAGCCAAAGCGACGCGUGAGGAACAAUCACAAGCGCCGCAUCAUCUGCUGGAUGUGGCCACACCGGAUCAGGCUUUUACCGUGAUUCACUUUCGGGAGCAGGCCCUGCCAAUUAUCGAUCGCAUGCUAAACGAAAAUCGACUACCGGUGGUAGUCGGAGGUACCAACUACUACAUCGAGAGCCUACUCUGGCAGGUGCUGAUCGGCUCUGGGAUCCGGGAGGAACGUGGGCGCCGCCGACGGGUCGUAAAUCAGUCAGACCCUAAGAGGGCGAAAUUCGCGAUCAACAACAAAGACGAGAAAGACGACGACGACGUCGACGAUCGUAACCAACAGCAGCAAGAUGUUCCAGCAGGGUCGUCCUUAUCCCGCUGCGUUCAGGGGCAUGAUGAUGGUGAUAAUGAAGCGGCACGUGAAGCAGCGGCGGAUGCGAACGAAAGCGAAAGUGGCACAACAGCGGCGGAGGCAAACGAUGAAAGGGAAACGACGCGGAAAAAAGUGCGUGUGUUGGACAAAAGUGAAGGCGAACUCACCGUCGCCGGUGAAGAAGCAGCCGAGGCUGGCCGUAGUGGAGUAGGGAAGUUCGAAGAAGGCAACGAAGAAGAUUUUGCCGCGGCAGCUGCGUCGGCUGACGUAGAUAAAGUGUUGCUAAUGACGACCGAGCAAAUGGAACAGCUGGAGUCGUCGCUGCUGCAUCGCGUGUUGCGUCAAGUUGAUCCGGUCACGGCGGAUCGGCUGCAUCCGAACAACAAACGGAAGAUUGUCAGGGCCCUGGAAGUGCUCCGGCAUGACAAGAAACCGUUGAGUCGUUUACUUGAUGAGCAACGUAGCCAGGAAGGUGGCAGUAAUUUGGGCGGUCCCCUGCGCUAUCGUAAUGUGGUAAUAUUUUGGCUGCGCUGCGAACAGGAAACACUCAACGCCCGCUUGGAUGCCCGGGUGGAUUCGAUGGUCGCGCAAGGCUUGCUGGAGGAAAUUCGCCGAUUUUACGAGCAAUACGUGGAGCCCUUCGAGGACAACGAUUUUCACCGUGGAAUUUUGCAAAGUAUCGGUUUCAAGGAAUUCGCCACCUACCUGAGCCAGUACGGUCGGGACCAGGACCGCCUCAUAACGGAGUUCAUGCAGUCCACAGGACCGAACCAGCGAACGGAUCCACCCGAAGGCUUGGCACUGCUGCAUAAAUGUUUGGAUAACUUAAAGCUGGUGACGCGGCGUUAUUCCAAGAAGCAAAUUAAGUGGAUAAAUCAUCGAUUUCUGUCGAACUCGCAGAGAGAGGUUCCACCAAUGUACGCCUUGGAUACAACCGACGUUAGCCGCUGGGAAGAGUUGGUUUCUUGCCCGGCGCAGGAAAUCAUCGAAGCAACGCUGGCUGGCCGAAGUCCCACCACGCAACAGCCACUCCCGAAGCAGGCAAACCCGCGGGAGGGCUUGAACGAGGAAACCUCCUUCCACUGCGACAUCUGUCGGCGUACUAUCGUGGGCGAGUACCAGUGGCGAUUGCAUAUGCGUUCGAACAAGCACAAAAGAAGCCUCCACGGGCAUCACAAAAAAGCGGCGGGCCGAUUGGAUCCGGCCAAGUGAAACAUGGACUCACCAUGAGUGGGUUCUAAUUAGAGCUCUGUUUUUUAUUUCGAUAUAGUUUAAAUAGCAUUUUCUCAUUUUCUACGAUUUGAAAAUUUUGUAUUUUUUCCACAUUUUCGUAAGAUUAAAUAAAAGGAAAAUUCCUUUGCGUGACAGUUCUAGGCUAUGUCAUCAUGCUGAUAUUUUACUCAUAUUUGACUGUGUUUUCCGAUGCUAAUUGAUUUAUUUGUUUUGCUGCUGUCGUAAAUUGAGCCCUUCGAAAAUAUACCCGUCGACGUGAACCGAACACCAAACGCAGUUUUGCUGUUGCUAGUAAUAAAUAUCGUCAUUACAAAAGGCAUCUGUAUAUGUGCUAUAUUCUUCACACUCAGCAAAAUUUGAGGAGAAAUCCCAAACAUUUUUGGAAAUUCGUUAACUCCAAACGGAAAGAGAAUGGUUUACCCUUGACUAUAUCUCUCAACGACGUGUGUGCCGUUUCGCCAAAUGACAAGUGCAACUUAUUUGCAAAACACUUUGCUAGCGUAUUAAGUAGCGAAACAGUCACUGCUUAACAAAGAGAACAAGCCUUGAGGGAUGUGCCAUAUUCAGUUUUAAACAUGGAUAUUUUUGAUGUGAGCGAGCAGUCAGUGAUACGCGCCACUGAGAGUAUAAAAUCAUCUUUUUCGCCUGGACCGGGGAUAAUUCCUGCAGCUCUGAUGAAACAAUGCUCCGAUAUCCUAGCAGCUCCACUAACUUGGCUGUUCAAUGCUUCUCUACAACAACAAUGCUUUCCCGUUGCUUGGAAGAAAUCAUCCAUGUUUCCAGUCUUUAAAAAAGGAGAUAAGUGUAACGUUGCAAACUAUAGGGGAAUUACUUCCUUGCGCGCAGAAUCUAAAGUGUUCGAGACUCUUAUUAACAACACACUCUUCGCUGCGUGUCGCAGUUAUAAUGCAAAGAACAACAUGGAUUUUUCCGAGGUCGCUCGGUGGAAACCAAUCUCGUGAAAUUCGUAUCGCUUUGUAUUGAGAAUAUUGGCUCUAAAUCUCAAGUUGAUACAGUGUAUACUGACUUAAAAGCCGCGUUUGACACGGUCAAUCAUUCCAUUCUCUUAUCCAAGUUAGAGAAACUUGGCUGUACUGUGCGCUUCUGUAAAUGGAUGGAAUCAUAUCUUGUGCAUAGAGAAUUGUUUGUACGCAUUGGAGACUGUAAUUCUGCCAUGUUUUCAAAUUGUUCAGGAGUACCGCAGGGCAGUAAUCUUGGACCACUGUUAUUUCCCAUCUUUAUUAACGAUGCGGCACUGCUGCUCAAUUCCGGAGGAAAAAUGUUUUUUGCUGACGACUUGAAAAUAUUCUCAGUUGUCAGGUGCCAUGAGGACUGCAAGGAGUUGCAAAACUUAUUAAACCUGUUCGGUGACUAGUGCUCUCGAAACAGCUUGUUAUUGAGUAUUGAGAAAUGCUAUGUUAUUAGCUACCAUCGUACUAGAAAUGCUGUGCCCUACGAUUACGAGAUGGCUGGUAUAAAACUGAAAAGAGUAGAACAAGUGAAAGAUCUUGGAUGAUGAAAGAUCUUGUGAUACUGGAUGAAAAACUCUCGUUCAAACCCCAAAUCACUGCUACUAUCGACAAAGCAAAUCGUCAUCUCGGUUUUAUUUUUAAAAUCGCUCGUGAAUUUACAGACCCGCUCUGCUUUAAAACGCUGUACUGUGCACUUGUUCGUUCAACGUUGGAAUUCGCCAGUAUUGUUUGGUGGCCAUAUCAAGCAGUUUGGAUAAACAUACUAGAAAGUGUCCAACGCAAAUUCGUUCGGUAUGCUUUGCGGAUUCUUGCUUGGAAUGAUCCACUGAACUUGCCUCCGUACGAAGACCGCUGCCGCCUGUUGGGCAUAAAAACUCUGGAUCAACGCCGUCGAGUGUCACAAACCGUAUUUGUCUGCAAGUUGGUAACUGCUGAAUUUGAUGCUCCUGACCUUUGAGAAGAAAUCGGGUUCUAUGCACCAUCCAGAACGCUACGACCCAGAGCUAUGCUACAGGUGGGAUUCCAAUCAACACAGUACGCUGCAAACUCUCCAAUCACAUCUAUGAUUCGCCAAAUCAACGAGUUCAGCGGAUUGUUCAAUUCUAAUGAAUCUUCAUUCGUGUAUCGCCGUAGAUUACUUACUAAUAAUUUGUUUUAAUCAUUCUGAUGUAUUGUUUUUUUUUAGUUUUUAUUAUAUGUUGUAUACUAAAAGAUGGUGAGGUUUUUGUGCACAUUUGAGGAAGGUCCUUGCAACCACCUCAAGUGAGCUUUUCCUCACCUAGCAUUCAUGGAGACCGAUGUCGGUCUGAUGAUAAAUAAAUAAAUGAUAAAUAAAUAAUUAAUA